UCUUAUAAACAAGACUUGCGACAUGUGAGUCUAAAUGGCAUUCACGCAACAGGUGGACCUACUAAAGGAAGACAUGUCGCAGGAUAUGUACCAUUAGAGGAAAUUCUUGGAAAGUUUGAAUUAAAGCUUAUUUCGAGUGGUAGUUCUAAUAAGAUCCUCAAAACGUUACUACAUCAGCCCCACAAAGCUAAAACUCAAACAAGCUAUACCGGGAACGGUUUUACAGAAGUAAAGAUUGCUUAG